AGUUACCAUUUAUGUGCUAAGUCUUUUAUCUGCAGAGUCUUUUAUGUGCAAUAUCUUUAAUAUUUUUUAUUGAGGAAUAAAGGACGUUGCGAAUGAAAUGUUUGUAAGUAAAUCAUGGUAUCUUGAAUAAAGAGAGAUAAAAGGAUAGAAGGAGAGAUGGAAGGAAGAGGAGAAAAGUAUAUUUCAUAAGAAUCUGCUAAGGCCAGAGGACUCAUCAGUUACGCUAACUUAGAAAGCACGUACUCGUGCCAUAGACACCCUGAUAAGAAAGUUGAGAAGUGAUACGUAUUUACAAUUACUGAUAAAUAGAAGAGAAAGUACUAGCACGAAAGUGUUGUACGUCGGCGUAGUACGAAAGUUUGGUUAAAUAAUGUUUAGAGUGGGAAUUCAAAUAUAACAGUGUUGUAAAAAUAAUUAAAUUUCGUUAAAGUGAAAGUUGUUCAAGUAUUAGAAAAGAAAGAGAGAACAGAAAGUGAGUUAAAGUUUUAAAAUAACUACUUCAUUUGCUUUGAUUUUCAUUGACACAUUCAAGUAGUUGGAACGAGGUUAGAUGACAUAACCUAUAAGUUAGCGGUUUAUUAAUUAAUAAAAUAAUACAGUUUCAACAUUUAUAGACAAUUGUAAGAAUUUAUAUAUAGAAAAAUAUAUCGUCCAAUUGUUUAAAUAUUUGGAACGAAUUUAUUCCAUUUUUUGUUACUCAUAUAAUUUGUUUACUUUUUCAUUAAUUAUUUUAAAACCACGAAUACUCUUUAGUGGAAAUCACUUGCUAACAAAAAUUGUUAGAUUUACUAAUUUCAAUUAUAAAUCCUUCUUGAAAUAUAAAUUAAAAGCUCAUUUCUUCUAAUUAAUUGUAUUCAUAGUUGAUCCAACAGAGUGAUUCUGCAAUAUAUCAUAAAUAUCACACUGCUAGUGUGAUUAAUCAAUAUGCUGCAAAUAGGAAUGCUACAAACAUGUCAGGUAAAAGGAAAAAAGUGACUGUAACCAUAGCAAAGAAGUUGAAAGCUUUGUACAGGAUUGAUAAAGGUGAGUCAUUGAGAAGUAUUGCUAUUGAUUUAGGAGUAGGAAUAUCUACUGUUUCUGAUUGGAAAAAAAACAGAAAGGAGAUUGAAGAUUUUUGUGCCAAGAUGGUUUCUAGAGAUAGCUUAGGCAACAGAGGAACAAUUAAAAAAGCAAAGAAUGUAACACUAGAUGAUGCACUGUAUAUGUGGUAUAUUCAAGAACUUGAAAAUGGUAUUCCUAUGUCAGGACCUAUUCUUAGAAAAAAAGCUCUGAGUCUUAAUAAAAAGUUAGGUGGUGAUCCUACUUUCACAGCAAGUGUAGGAUGGUUAGGAAGAUGGAAAGCCCGACAUGGUAUAAAACUGACCCUCUGUAGUCAAAGUUUACUGGAGGAUACUGUCACUAAUAACAACUCAGAUCGAUUAUUAUUAGAAGAUGAUAUUGUGAGUGCGCGUUUAUCCACUCAAGAUGGAGAUGACAUCCAAGACUCUUUUAUUGAUAGAUAUCAUCAAGAAGAAACAGAUGUCAACCACCUAGAAGCAACAACAAUGCUAGAAAAAUUAAUAACUUAUUUUGAACAGCAAAAUGACACUUUAGAGAAUGAUUUAAUGAUUCUAAAACAUUUACACAAUCGUGUAUCAAAAAAAUAUUUGCUGACUCUAAAACAGGAAACUACUGUUUUGUAACAUAAUACUCUCAGUGUAUAAUUAUUGUAUAUGUCUUUCUAUUAUACGAUUUUUUAGUGUAAAUAAAUUUUGCAAAUAUAUA